AUCGGAUUUAAUAUUGAAUUGACUGAGUGAGUCUUAGAUCUUUGAAUUCUUGGUAAGUUGGUCUUCAUAAAUGAAAUUUAUUUAGUGAUAUGUAAGGUUGUCGAGAUUCUUAAUGUGGCGGUUACAUUCUACUAAUAACUGUGUUACAUUAUUGAAAUCAUUAUUAGGAGCAAAGCAUUAAGUGCCAAAAAGGAAUCAAGAUAUAGCAUUUAAAACCUCAUAAAAAUAAUGUGGACCGGAGACGUUCAAAGUGGAUAUCCCACUCAGUGGGCUUUAAAUCCAUCUGCAUAUCAGAAUUUGCCAAAUGAACAAGUUGAUUGGGCGACACUGGCACAGCAAUGGAUAAAAAUGAAAGAAACAUUCCCAGUGGAUCAAAUACCUCCCGCUCCGCCUCCACCUUCCAUCAAGGCAGAUAUAGAGGCGGGAGAGGCUCCAAUGGACAUGUCGAAGGAUGAAGUCACCCCUACCCCACCUGUGACUGCUCCUCAAGAUGGAAGUAGUUGGGGGAGUUGGAACAAUUGGCAGCAAUGGGGCUGGGGGUGGGGUGGUGGGGCUCCAUCGGGGGCAGUGGGCUCCGCUGUGCCCCCUGAUAAGGCUGUCCCAUACACUUUCGCACCUCCUACUACUGCACCAUCCUAUUCCACCGACACUUCUACGACUACCACGUUCGAUUACAACCAUGGUGCUCCCGUAACGUCUGAGAACUUUGAACAGCAAGGCUAUUGGUCAGGAGGGCCAGCACCGUUCGUGAGGAACAAACCGUCUCAGUGGAGAGGAGAGUACAGGGGUUCUUCAGCACGCAAACAAUCUUCUUCUUCGUCUUCUGCAAAAGUGGAAGAGGUGGAACCCGACACCACUGCAAUCAUAGAUGCUGCAAAACGUAAACAACUCCCAGCUUGGAUUAGGGAAGGUCUAGAGAAGAUGGAGCGAGAAAAACAAAAGAAAAUAGAGCGUGAAAGACAGUUAAAAGAGAGGGAAGAAGAAAUCUUAAGGAGGAAGCAAGAAGAGGAAGAAGCUUUAGCAGCUGGUAUUCCUGUCAAAAGCAAAUUUGAGACGGACUCUGAGGAGUCGGAGAAGGAAGUAGAAGAAGCACCAGUCAAGCCCAGGAGAUCACGGUUUGACAACUCAACAUCAAGCCCGGUCGUACCAAAGCCCAUCAUUACAAAGUCAUAUUCGCCUCCUCCUCCAGUUAAACGUAGAUCUCGAGAAGAAAUAAUGCAAGAAGUUAUGCAGCAGGUGAGGUAUGUUCUCACUGACAUCCUGAUGACGGUAACAAAUGAGGAGAUGCAAAAGAUCGCCGAGGAGGUACUAUCCGACUUCCGAGCUAAAGCUCCAGCGACACAGCUGCGGAACACCCCAGCUUUAACAUCCCUUACCGGCAAACUAGGACUGGGGAUAUAUGACUCGGACUCAGAGGAUUCAUCAGCAGACAGUGAAGAUGAGAAGCCUUCAAAAAGGGAAAAUGGUGUGGAUUCAGAUGAAGAGCUUAGAGAACGUAUAACACGUAAAAAACAAGAGUUUGCCAGAAUUGAAAGGGACAUUGAGAACAUGGUAGAGCAGCAGGAGGAAAAGGAACGGGAGCGAGAGAGGGAACGAGAACUGGCAAGUCAGGACAUAAAGGAUGAGCCUCCCCAGGACCCGGGUCAGGUAGAACCUAAGCUGAUAUACCCUGGUGCUAGGUUGGAUGUGAGAGCGGAAGAAGUUAGACACGUAAACGAAUCGAAAAGUCAUGAGCAAAACCAUGCCCAGUUUUUUACACCAGAAAGACUUUACAAGGUAGAGAAAGAGAGCUCCGCAGAGCACUCAGAAGACUCUGAUCGUAACUCCUCUAGCAAAUCAGAAUCUUCCAGUCGGUCAAGCUCAAGCUCGGAAUACAAAAAAUCCAAAAAGUCCUCAAAAAAGAAGAAAGACAAAAAGAGUAGCAAACGAAAGCGUAAGAGGAGUUCGAGCAGAGGGAGUGAGAAGAAAAGAUCUCACAGGAAGUCCAGUCACAGGUAUGAUGAGAGGCACCGGUACGAAGAGAGGCGGUCAAGGUCACGUAGCCGGUCACGGUCACGAGGUCACUAUGACGAUUAUCGGCACUAUCGUAGACACUCCAGCGAGAGCUCCCACAAACGACAUCAUCAUAGCUACUCCCACUCUCCCGAAUACUCCAGGGGUAAGAAGUCAAGUCACAGAAGUCGAGACUGAUGCUCUUCCCAACAAGGUCUUGCCAGAUAUUAUUCUCUUCGUUUUGAACAAAUUGGGUCAAGCAAUGUUCGUGUGAAAAUACCAUCAACUUUGGACAGUGGUCUGAGUUUACUCAGAGGUGCAUUGUUCUCCACCUGUAUCAUGAGAAUACAAGCAGUACUAACUUUUCAAAAUGACAUACUUAUAUGUUUAUCACAGAAUGGUCUGUAUCUAAUAUAAACUGAUAUAUUAAUAAGUAAAUUAAUAUGUAAACAUUGUAAUAAGAAACUUUCAAAAUUAAUUUCAUAAUUAAUUUGAAUAAUCGUUUUAUAAAAUAACUAUAAACAAACAGAAAAUUUGUGA